AUGAUGGGCUCGGCCUUCCGUCCCGUCCAGAAGGACAUUGAGCUCGUGCAGCCCCCAUCCGACUCGGUUUCCAAGAUCUCAUUUUCCCCCGUCCAGGACAUUCUCGCCGUUGGCAGCUGGGACAACAAUGUCCGCUUGUACAACAUCAACAACACGGGACAGUCGGAGCCCAAGGCCAUGUACUCGCAUGAGGGACCUGUGCUCGACCUGGCAUGGACCAAGGCGCAGCAGGUGGCUGCUCACGACGCACCGAUCAAGUGUGUCGAGUACGUCGAGACGAACGGCACCCCCGUCCUCAUCACUGCCGGUUGGGACAAGAAGAUGAAGUACUGGGACCUGCGUUCCCCCCAGCCCAUUGGCCAGGUCGACCUCUCUGAGCGUGCAUACGCCAUGGACGCUACCGACAAGAUUUGUGUUGUCGGUACGGCCGACCGCCAGAUCCACAUUUACGACCUUGCCAACCCUUUCACCAAGUACCGCCAGGUCGAGUCCCCACUCAAGUGGCAGACGCGCGUCAUCUCGUGUUUCCCCGCCUCAGUCGGUGGUGACGGUUACGCUGUGGGAUCCAUUGAGGGAAGGGUGGGCAUCCAGUAUGCGCACCAGGCGGACGAGAAGAAGAACUUUUCCUUCAAGUGCCACCGUGUCGACAUUCCCGCAUCCCAGAUCGCCCCUCCUGCGCAGAGCGGCUCGCAAAACGUCUUCCCCAUCAACUCCAUCACCUUCCACAAGACCCAGGGAACCUUCUGUACCGGCGGUGGCGAUGGCUCGCUCACCUUCUGGGACGGCAUGGCACGUACCAAGCUGAAGGCCUUCUCGGCCAAGGAGCUCGGCAACGGCGACCCCGACAACCGCCCCAACCCCAUCUGGGGCACGCCCAUCGUCUCGGCGUCGUUCAACCACACGAACGAGAUUCUCGCCUAUGCCAUGUCGUACGACUGGUCAAAGGGGCACGGCGGCGUGCCUCCAGCCUCGGCCAACGCGACCAAAAUCAUGCUCCACCCCGUCAAGCCCGACGAGGUCAACAGGAAGAAGAAGUAG